UUUCCACUUGCAAGGGUAUCGAGAAUCGUAAAAGCUGAUCCGGAUAUUCAAAUGACGAGUAAAGAUGCAAUUUGGACAAUUGCAGUUGCGACGGAAUUGUUUAUAAAACAUUUAACGGAUUCUUUAAUUGCAAAAACAAAACUUGAUAAGAAAAAGAUUGCAAGUUAUAAAGAAUUAUCUGCAGUCGUUGAUACACAAGAAGAAUUUGAAUUCUUGCAGGAAGUUAUUCCUGAACCAAUUCAAGCACAAGAGGCAUUCCAAUUCCGAAGAGAAUUGCAAGAACAA